GCUCCCUCGGCCGAUCCAGGAUGGCGGCGCCCAGCGGAGCCGCGAUCUGCGAGGACUUCGCCGAGUUCCAGGAGCUGCUCAGGGUGAUGAGGACAAUCGAUGAUAGAAUUGUUCAUGAGUUAAACACUACGAUUCCAACAGCUUCCUUUGUGGGGAAAGUUGAUCCUGGCCAGACGUGUAAAGAGCUGUACGAGUCUUUGAUGGAUGCUCACACCAAGAGAGAAAGAAUCAUCAAAGACUGCAUCUCUCAGACUUCCGCUGUAGUGAAAACCCUCAAAGAAGAGAGGGAAAAGGCCCAUGAAGAUGCAACAUUAUUAAAGCAACUCAGGAAAGAGCAGACAAAGUUGAAAUUGAUGCAGUCGGAGCUCAAUGUUGAAGAAGUGGUAAACGACAGAAGCUGGAAGGUAUUUAAUGAGCGGUGCCGAAUUCACUACAAGCCUCCAAAGAGUCAAUGAUGAUGUGGGGCAUUUUCCAUCAAGGUGGUCCAUAACUGUGAGAGCCAAACUGGAAAGAGACCUUGGGUGAGCUGAAUUGGGACCCUCCAGAACCAGUAGAACCCAGUCUUGUUUUGUUUUGGACCUACUUAGCUGAAUUCUCAAGCUUGAAAUGAUCCUCCUGUAAUUAAGAGAAAACAACUAAUCUUUUGUACAAAAUAUGUGAACAAAUGAGUUUUAUAGUAUUAAAACAAUUUUCAAUUGGAA